ACCCCACUGAUAUCCGGCCUUCUCAAUUCCCCAUACCGUAUUUGACUUGCGAUUGACUUGCGAUCGCGACGAAGUCAAUUCAAGUCACGAUGGGUCUUGCAGGUCCUAGGAACCGGCGAAAGCUCCAGCACGAUCCGAAUAAUACGAAAUGGAGCCGUGACGAGACGACCUUCGGCCAGAAGAUUCUGCGAGCACAUGGUUGGGAGCCGGGGAAGUUUCUAGGAGCGCAGAAUGCCUCGCACUCUCAUUUACACACAGCUGCGAGCGCCGCCCCUAUCAAUGUCCUCCUAAAAGACGAUACCAUGGGUUUAGGAGCGAAGCCCCGGCACAAACAAAACACCGAAUGCACUGGCCUCGAUGUCUUCAAAGAUCUCCUCGGUAGACUGAACGGGAAGUCCGAAGAGGUAAUUGAGAAAGAGAGGAAGGUGAAAUCAGAAGUCAAGACUUGCUUGUACGUAGAGAGGAAAUACGGCUCCAUGAGAUUUGUCAGUGGAGGUCUCUUGGUUGGAGACCAGAUGGAGAGAUUGACCAGCACGACCACCAAAGCUGAAACUCCCACAGAGGAUGUGAAGGAAGAGCAUAUCAAAGAGGAAUCGGUCACCUCGUUGGAGGAUGUUCCUGAUCGCCCUGUGAAGAAGCAGAAGGAAAAGAAAUCUAAGAAAAGAAAAGCAGGAGACGUCGACUCUACAGAUGAGCCUGACGCCAUCCCCGAAAAGAAACGAAAGAAGCAGCCAAAGGACGACGCCCCACAGGAUGACUCGGCCAAUAAUGUAGGGGAUGAAGAUUCCAGCAAAAAGAAGAAAUCCAAGAAGUCCAAACGGAAAAACACCGAAGGAUCAGAGCCACUCGAGUCGGAGAAAAAAAAGAAAAGCAAGAAAUCGAAGAAGGAUGCUGAGCGCGAGACUGAGAACGAUGGCACACCCAUUCCAUCAGAAGAGACCCGGGUAGAAAAGUCCAAAUCAAAGAAAGAGAAAAAAGAAAAGCACAGCAAGAAGGAUAAGAAGCAAAAACAGUCGAAUUCGUCAACGGAUGCAUCUGUUUUAGCGGACACUUCCACUCCUACGUCCGACGCUACUCCUCAAGAGAGUGGCGCGUCGACGCCCAUUGGGACGGGCACUUCAACUCCUCGACCCUUUUCUGCACGACAUUUGGCUCGAUCCCGCCACAUCGCAUCGAAACGGAUGGCCAUAGCUGACUUGCAAGCAAUGAAUCAAAUUUUCAUGGUGAAACCGGUUUGAUAUAUAAUAUUAGCGAUUUGAUUAAUCGGGGUGUUUGCAUAAGAGCGCUUAGGCUUUGAUACCCGUAGAUAUGAUCCAAUAUGAUCCAAUAUAAGCCUCGAUCCAAAAUCGAGAAGAGUAAUGAAGCUUUAAAUGGGCCUUAAUAGUAAAGAGACCACCUGCAUGUUUUUCUAGUACAAGGUAUGUAGUAAGCAAACAU